AUAAUAAUAAUAAUUCAUAAUAAUAAUUAUUACUAUUCUUGCGAGAAUAAGAAUUUUUUUAUAUUAAAAAAAAAAAGCGGGGAGGAGGAGGAGGAGGAAAAAAAAAAAAAAAAAGAAAGACCAACAGAGCCCCCCCCACACACCCCCGAGCCCAAAAGAGGGAGCGAGAGAGAGCAAGAGCGCAGCGGCCGGGCGGAGCGGCGGAGAGGAAGAAUUAAAGCGAGCGAAGGAGGGAGGAGAGACAGAGCAGAGAGAGAGAGAGAGGAGGAAAGAGGAGGAGGAGGAAAAAAAAAAGCCCACAAAAACAAAGCGAUCGCAGUUGAUGUUGCUGCUGCAAGCUGGACUUCCAAAAACUACGGCGAGACCGACCGCUCUCCGCGCCGAGAAGAGUCUCCUCCGCUGUGCGUGUUUUUUUCCGCUGUGUGUGUAAUCUUUAACCUUUUAUUCAUUCUUAUUUUGAUGGCUUUCCUGAAUGGCUGACUGCGAGCUUCCCUGGACCUGGCCCCCAGACACCCGCCUCUCCUCCUUCAACUACUCUGCUGCAGAUCAGCUCUAAGAGAGAGAGAGGGAGAUCUUUGAAGAGAUUUUUUUUUUUUCUCCUCUCUCUCUCUCUCUCUCUCCCCCUCUCUCCCCCACCCCCACCACCCCUUUACUUUGCUCUCCUGGAGCCCAGACAAUCGACUCGCACCUCGCCCCCCCGCACACACACCUCCAUCGCCCCGUGCUUCUGCACCUUCGCCGGUACCGGGAGAUCCCCCCCACCCCGACCCUCCUGAAAAAAAAAAAAAAAAAAAAGAGGCAAAACAACAAAAGAGAGAGGGGGAAAGAGAGAGAGAGAGAGGGGAGGACAAAAAAUAAAAAGACUGCUGCAAAGCUGAUCUGAAAAGCAAAGCAAACAAACUUUGAAAAUAAAGGGGGAACAGGAAGUUUGGCAACGGUGUCCAAUAGAUAUGGCAAUGGUAGUCGGUGCGUGGCGAGACCCCCAGGACGAUGUGCCCGGAGCUCAGGGAACGCAGCCUUCGCAAGCCCCGCCGGUGCAGGGACCCCCGGCCGGGACCCCGCACACCCCACAGACCCCGGGGCCCGGGGGCCCUCCCAGUACGCCAGCCCAGACCAACCCGCCGAGCCAGCAGAACCAAGGAGACAAGCAGCAGCAGCAGCAGCACAUUGAAUGUGUGGUUUGUGGGGACAAGUCUAGUGGCAAACAUUAUGGCCAGUUUACCUGCGAGGGUUGCAAGAGUUUCUUCAAGCGGAGUGUAAGGAGGAAUCUCAGCUACACUUGUCGUGCCAACAGGAACUGUCCCAUUGACCAGCACCACCGCAAUCAGUGUCAGUACUGCCGCCUCAAAAAAUGCCUCAAAGUUGGCAUGAGACGGGAAGCGGUCCAGAGGGGCAGAAUGCCACCCACACAGCCAACUCAUGGUCAGUUCGCCUUGACAAAUGGGGACCCUCUCAACUGCCAUUCCUACCUAUCCGGAUAUAUCUCCCUUCUUCUGAGAGCAGAGCCCUACCCCACCUCCCGCUUUGGCAGUCAGUGCAUGCAACCCAACAACAUCAUGGGCAUCGAGAACAUUUGUGAACUGGCAGCUAGGAUGCUCUUCAGCGCGGUGGAGUGGGCCAGGAAUAUCCCCUUCUUCCCAGACCUCCAGAUCACAGACCAGGUGGCCCUCCUGAGGCUGACCUGGAGCGAGUUAUUUGUCCUCAACGCUGCCCAGUGCUCCAUGCCCCUCCACGUAGCUCCGCUCCUGGCAGCUGCUGGCCUCCACGCUUCGCCAAUGUCUGCUGACCGAGUGGUCGCCUUUAUGGACCACAUACGAAUCUUCCAAGAGCAAGUAGAAAAACUGAAAGCAUUGCAUGUCGACUCUGCAGAAUAUAGCUGUUUAAAGGCCAUAGUCCUCUUCACCUCAGAUGCCUGUGGUCUCUCUGAUGUAGCCCAUGUUGAAAGUUUACAGGAGAAGUCACAGUGUGCUUUGGAAGAGUAUGUUAGGAGCCAGUAUCCCAACCAGCCAACACGAUUCGGGAAGCUAUUACUACGUCUCCCCUCCCUUCGCACUGUCUCCUCUUCUGUCAUAGAGCAAUUGUUUUUCGUCCGUUUGGUAGGUAAAACCCCCAUAGAAACCCUAAUCAGGGAUAUGUUACUGUCUGGCAGCAGUUUUAACUGGCCUUACAUGUCCAUUCAAUAAAACAUUCGAGAGAGAGAAAAAAAAAAAAAAAAGAAUCUUAAAAAAAAAAAAAUUUAAAAAUUGAGAAGGGAGAGAUGAGAGUGAAAGGAAAGCAAAUGACAUUUGGGUUCUGGUUGUUUCUUAAAUUUCCUUCUGCUAAGAAAGGAUGUAAAAGGAUGUUACAAGUUUGCUAAGAGAAGACAGGAAAAAAUUAAUGGACUGUGAAUUAAAAAAAGAGACUGUCAAAUGAACUUUUACAGAAUGCAUUAAAAACUCCCGUGUCGUUCAGAAAAAAAAACUUGCUACUUAUCAUUUUUUUUGUAAAAAAUAAAAAAGAGGGAAAGAAAAAGAGAAAGAAGAAGAAAAGAAACGAUGGUGGGCUUUUUCUUUUUUUCUUUUUUCUUCUUUUUUUUUCUUUUUUUGGGGUAAACUUUUUAAAAAAUCUCGCUUAAAGUGCAUUUAAAGGAAAUUUGGAGAAAAUUAGCAGAACGGAAGAAAGUAAGUCUUUUUUUUCCAAAUUAUUAAUUGUCCUAUGUGUCUAUGUACCUAUAGCUGUUCUUUUUUGUAUUUUUCUGGUUUCAAACCAGUUUAUUCUGUGGUUCUAUAAUAAUUUUUGAUAUAACCUUGGCUUCUUUAAAAAAAAAAAUAAACUGUGUAUCCUUAAAAUAUAUGUUCUGAAAGAAUUAAAACUGAGUCCACGAAAGUAUCAUAGGAAGAAAGGAAAAGAGAAAAAAACCCCUCAACAACACAAUGAUGGAAGCGCACUUAAGGUGGUGACCCAAAAUCUAGCUUGAAGCUGAGAGAGCUAUAAUUAUAUAGACCCAAAUGAACCACACGUGUCAUAUAACUCCCCCCAAAUCUAGGUUUUUUUGAUAUUUCGGACAGAAAAUGAACUGUGGGGACUUAUUAUAGGUAGAAGGAUUUUGUGUCCAAGACACACUACGGUUUUGAUUUUAAAAAAAACAAGCAAACAAGCAAAGUGAACUUUUGUAAUUUGAAUUGGGUUCCACAUAGUUCAUCAUGAAUUGUUAUUAAACUCCUCUAUCUGUUUGUAUAUUUGCAAGCCCUUUGUAUUAUAAUAAUUGUUGAUAUUUUCCCUUUUUAAAAAAUACCAUUGAAAUCAGCAUGACAAAAUAACACUGUUGGCACUUAUAGAUAACGUGAUUGAUUCAGUAUCUUAGAGUUUACAGUUUUGUGUUUAAAAAAACUGAAGGUUUUUUUUUUUUUUAAGUGCAACAUUUCUGUAUACUGUAAAAGUUAUAAUAACUGAACUGUUUGGUCGAGUCUUUGUGUGUUAUAUUCCAAGGAAAAUUGAAAGUAUUCAGAAAUUAAAAUAUUAUUUGAUAUCUGAAACUUGUUUGGCUGUCAUAAAUGUCUUUCAGAAACCACCUUACUUCUCUAUAGUUUGCAGUCAUUUAAGUCCAUAGGCGAUUGAUUUGUUUACUUGUCACAGUAAGUUUGUAGCAGAUGUAUUGUAGUGUAUUUACCUGUUUAAUUCCGGGAUGGGGGUGGAGGACUUAAGUUCUUGGUUUAUCUCUGGUUUUAGGAAGUACUAUGCUGAAAUGGUAAACCAUCAACCCCCAUUCAUCUAAUCCUCCUGUUAUUUAAAAAUGGAUUUUCUGGUUAAAAAAAAAAAAAAAAGGCCCUUAUUUUUGUCACACUUAAGUGCCUGCGUAGGAAAGGUAUUGUUGUGAAAAAGUAUUAGACUUCUGGAGAUCAGUAUCUAUUUUAUGAUCAGAAUGGGGCGAAAAAUCUUUUGUAAAUGUCUGACAUACGCGCACAAGAUCAUUCAAGCAAGGUAAUAGCAGUAUUGUAAAUAUAGGUCAGUUGUUUGCAAUGAGUUUUCUUUAAGUAUGUGUGAUUUUUUAUAAUACUCCGUAGUUGCCAUCUAUCGUUGUCAUUGAGAGGUCUUCAAAUGGAGUGGCUUUAGCUUCUAGCACUGAGGAGUCAGUUUUUAAUGUAUAUAUGCUCUCAAGUGGAUUUGAUUUUUUUUUUUUUUUUUUUUUUUUUUUUUUACCUUAGACUGUGAAAGCAUGACCACAGGUCAUCUCUCUCUUUUACAUAUGGGCUACAUGUCUGUAUGUAUCCUGGCAUCCAUACCCGCGUGGGCGUACAUGCAUCUUCCCUGUGUAGGCACAGGGCCCUGUCCUCCUGUCCUGCAGCCCUGGCACAGGCACAGCUCCCACCGGGAGUGGGACCUGCCUGGGCGGGUGGCACAGGACCGGACACACCACUGGGGAAUUGAGUGCUAUCCCGAGCAGGGGGGAAAAAAUUAAAAAAAAAAAAAAAAAAAUAACCCACCCAAAAACCCAAAUCUGAAGGAAGGCAAGAUGAUGUGGUUUUGCAAGGGGUUGAUAUUUUGUUUUGUGUGUGUGCGUGUCAUUUUUUUUUUUUUCUUUCUCUCUCCCCCCGCCCGCCCUCCCCUUGGUCUAUAGCAGAUGCUUUGUAUGUGAAAGCUUGCAAUUUUGUUCUUGUCUGAGGCUUCCCCCUCUCCCUUUUUACCACACGUAACUACACCAUGUUGUGGUUUCACAAAAAGAGAGAGAGGGAGGGAGAGAGAUCAUUCUGUAAAGUCGAUUAAACCCUGAUCUUUAGUGUGUUCCAGUUAGGCACAUCUGUACUGGGGGCUGAGGGGCGUAUGACUGUGAAUUUGAGCAGAGUUUUACAUCUGAAUCAUGGCUCCUUUUCUAUAAAUAUAUAAAUAUAUAUAAAUAUAUAAAUAUACUAUUAUUGCAGGGGAUUGCUGACCUCUAGAUUUAGCUUUUUCUAUUGCAAGUGCUAUCCAUGUGAGUGUGUGUGUGUGAAGUUUUUAUGCUUACUAAGAACACAGGAUCUUGACUUGUUUGUUUUGUGUUAGUUUAUUGUAAACAACCAUUUGUUGUAAAUUGUUAUUGGCAUUAAAUUAUAAUUUAUGAUUUUCAAAUCCAAAA